AUGUCUGAUGCAAAGCCCACUGCUGAUACUAGAUCCGAUUUCUACGACCGCUGUCUGACGAGUCGCAGAUAUGCCCUUGUCGGAAUGGCAUGUUCAAGUAUCUUCAGCUGCUCAUGCAUCAUUGCAGGGAUUGCCACUUUAGCCAGUCACGGAAUCAUGGGAACAACCCCGCUCAACAUGGUCGGUAGUGACUCGAAGGAGUACUCUGCAUUGCCGCUGCUGGCGGAAAUAUUGACCCUGAUGCUUGACUUAAUCGUCACGCUAUGUACUGAGUCCAUAGGCUUCGUACAUGGCAUCUCAUUGCGCUCUGCGCUAGCAUCAGAGUCUCGGCUUCGUUUCAACACUAAUUUGCGCCUUCUGACCGCAGCUCGUGGAUGGUAUAACCCUAACGGCACCCUGUUUAACGGUAUCUCGGCUGUCCUCCUCAUUAUAUCCUACAGCUCGCCCUCACUCAUCGUAUUUGUGGAGUUGCAAUACGACUUGAAAGGGCCGGAUGGGAUAGUACAAAAUUUCGAGAGCGUCGCCAUCGCCGGGUUACCUCUCCUCAUUUUAGGCGUCGCACUCCUCCUCCAGGUAAUAAUCGCAUUUUCAGCGAUGCGGGCAGUCAAGAUCUUGACAUGGAGCUCCUCACCUUUCGACUUGACCGCCGCACUCGUCCACCACACACAAUUGACCCCUGCUGCUUUCCGGUGCAUGCGUUGUGUGUCUGACCUAGACGUUUAUGGAGGUCCAGCGAAGCCAUCAGAGACACAGCCCUCUGCGUGGCAUGCUCACCCUAGCAUCCGGAAAGUUGUCAUUUUUCUUUGGGUGAUAGUUGCAGCAUGCGCUGGAUGGGCCGCACUCGUCAUGUAUAUUUGGGACCACCUUCCUCACGACGCAUAUUUCAACAGUCACAAUCCUCUUACCCUACAAGGGUGGUCGUUAAUCCAAAAACCUGGUGGCAAUUACAUCGAAUAUACUUUACCGUUUGGCGGUCUUGGGGCAUGGACUCUGCUCUUUGUCAACGUUGCGGGAGUCCAGGGACCGUUGACGCUUGGGCUGCAUUGCUCGGAGCUCAUCGCAAAUGUCAUUAGAGAUGAAAGACAGUGGAGAUGCGCUACCAGAAGGCAAGGACUUAGAGUGGCGACGAACCCGCUGAAGCCCAUUUUCACUCAUCCACUCUGUCUCGUACUUUUUAUCGCGAAGCCUUUCCUGCACUGGAUGUUUGGACUUUCAUUCGACAUAUACAAAUACGCCGGUGAUGGCACCAUAGACAAUUUUUUGAUAUAUAUGUACACUGCCCAGAUCUGGAACUUAUGCAUUGCGCUCUUUAUAUUGGCCUCUUUCUUCACUUUCGUCGUACUGCGUCGACCGUGCGGUCCCCAGCCGGCUGCAUAUGGCCACCUCCAGACGCUCGCCAACCUCGUGGAUGAGUGGGCGCCUGUGAUGUGGUGGGGACACAAGGAGGAUGGAAUUCCGUACUGUCAUGCUGGGACAAGCGAUCACCCGCUGCCGGAUGUGAAGAUGGACUGCGUUUAUGCUGGUUCCGGUGCUGGGUCUCUGGUAGCCCUCUCGUAA